GUGAUGGCGUCCAACCCGUCCUCCCGAGCGGUGUUCGUCCAGUCGUGCGUUGACUUCCUUAAGGAACACAAGUUCGAUGGUUUGGAUGUGGACUGGGAGUACCCUGGUAGGGCAGCGGUGGCUGAUGCGGACCGUGUACCGGGUAACAAGGCUGACAAGGAAAAUUUCUCAGCACUCAUACGUGAGUUGAGCGCUGCCCUCAAACCUCUCGGCUAUCUGUUGGCUGCGGCCGUGUCUGCCGGCCGGCCGACUAUAGACGACGCCUACAAUGUCAAGGAAUUGAGCCAAUUGUUUGACUUCAUCAACCUUAUGACCUAUGACUUCAAUGGUGGUUGGGAUUCGAGGACAGCCCAUAAUGCACCAUUAUACCCCUGGGCCAAUGCCAAUGAACAGGACACGCAGUUUACAGUUUCCUAUGCCGUCGACUAUUGGCUUGGCCUCGGUGUUGAUGCUAACAAACUUGUAAUGGGUCUCCCACUAUACGGCCGUUCAUUCAAACUGGUGAAUCCCAGUGAACACGGUUUGCAGGCACCGGCUGAGGGAAAGGGUGGUGAUGAGGGCCCCUACACCAGACAAGUGGGCAUUUUGGGCUAUUUGGAGAUUUGCGAUAACCUAAAGACCGGACAGUGGACUGUCUAUCGGGACGCCACCCAAAAGAUCCCGUAUGCCGUCAAAGGCAACCAAUGGAUCGGUUAUGACGACAGGACUAGUCUGAGCGAGAAAGUGGCUUUCCUUAAGAGUCGAGGACUGGGAGGGGUCUGUAUUUGGUCCAUAGAUACUGAUGACUUUGCCGGUCAUUGCGGUGAUGGCCGGUUCCCACUGUUGACACAAGUCAAUAACGAUUUGGGGUCGAGUUACCAGCCCCCCAACCCCGACCCAACCCAAGGACCAGGCCCCGGACCCGAUCCAGGCCAGUUUGAGUGUAAAACUGCCGGUUCAUUUGUCGACCCCAACGACCCGACCAUUUAUUACCAGUGCCUCGCCUUAGGAAACGGUAGUUUCCAGAAAGUCCAGAGACAGUGCGGUACCGGAACGGUAUUUGAUGAGACCAUCGGUGUCUGUACUCACGCCUAAGGCUGAGAUAAUUGUCCAUAAAAUGUGCAU